UUUGUGGUGUAUGUCUGGUGUGUUAUUACUUCUCUCUUCAAUAUGUGACGUGUGUACUUUUGGAUAUCGUUUCGAUAUCCCAAAACUCCUAAAAUAUUGAACUGAUUGCCUUUCCCAUGAAGCCUUAAUGCAGUUUCUCAUUUCGUGCCUCAGACGGUCCAAGUCGCCCGCGGCCACGCGAGAUAUUUCAUCACACCAGCAAUCGUCUUUCAUUCAACUUCCGGUUUCCGAGAAAUUAAGCCACUGCGCUCGGGCCUAAAUUUCCAAGAAACUAUGCGAACGAGGAACUGAAGAAAAGACAGCUCUCGACAGCGCAGUAAAUUUUGAAAUGGCUGACAAUUCAGCGAACACUGCAACCCAGUGCCGUGGAAUAAAUGACCAGUUGUUUGAUCUAGGAUGCCUUGCUCCCGCUCUUCUCAUCAUUUUGAUACUGGCAUCUCUAAGGCGCCAAGUGAAUUUCAAACAUGAACACUGCAAUGGAUACCCUGGUUUAUUAAUACCAAUCAACUUCUUAGGUGGUUUUAGUAACAGAUAUACCAUUGCCGCUACAUUCGGUGCCACAGCCAGUACAUGCCUUACACUGUUUCUAUCAGGGAAUGGUUUCUUUUCCUUACCUGGUCCUGCUUGGGUGAAGGUUUUUCAGGGUAUCGUAGCUGUCCUUGUAUACGGAAUACUGUUCUACCCAUUUUUUGCCUGCCUGACAACUGAAUACAAGCUGUUGGGAUCACUUCUUGGCUUUGUCUAUGUAACAAUAAGAUUCUGUUUUAAACUUGUCAUUGAUUUUCAAUGUGGAGAUACUCUUGUGGUAAGAAAGUGAAGUCCUU